AUGUGUUAUCCACAUGCAAACUGUAACACAGUUUAUGGGGACACCCAGCAUGAACAACUUUCACAUUCUAACUUCUAUAGUCUAAAGCAUAACAGCAUCUUGACUGAUAAAAUGUCAACUUUCCCUCAUCCAAUGCUUUCAUGGAAGAAAUGUUUUAAUGCACCAUCACCACUUGCUCUUGAAAUGGCCUGCAUUUUCCCAUUUGCAAAGCACAUGAAUGCACAUGGUAAAUCACAGUUCCAGGAUCCCUGUAUUAUGACCAACUGCAAUAACAUCUGCCUUAAAGCUGGCUUGCACAGCCAAGCACCAGAACUAUGCUCUUUCAAGACCCCAGGAUGGAAAGAAUUAUGCGCAAAACUACCCACACAUAAAAAGGUCAAUAGACUCUUCCAAGUUUAUAGGAAAACCCAAGUCUAG